CCUCUCACUUCAUUUUGUUUUGCUCGUCUUGUCUCCUGUCUUUUUCAGGAUCCUUACUUUCAUUCUCUAUUUUGACUGCUUGUAGCUAGGACGAGCAUUUCUUACUUUUCCAAUAGUAUUCCUAGUAAUGUUUUUUGAAGUUUUGAAUUACUGAAAACUUGCUUUUCAAUCACUUUAUCUUUUUCUCCUCAUUUAAUUUUAUCUUCUUCUGCGCUUCAUUUCCCCAUUUAUACUUGUUGAAGAGCGGGAAAAGGAUUACAUUCAACAAAGAGACCUGUUUUACCUCAACAUGCUCCAUUUUCAGGAGUAAAAAUUGUUACUUAAGGCACCAGAAUUGAGAAGUAUUGGUAGUAGAAAUGGAGCAGUAUGAGAUACUAGAACAAAUUGGCAAGGGUGCGUUUGGCGCAGCCCUUCUUGUACGGCAUAAACUUGAAAAAAAGAAGUAUGUCCUCAAGAAAAUCCGACUUGCUCGUCAGACAGACAGAACCCGCAGAUCUGCUCAUCAAGAGAAAGAACUAAUUUCUAAAAUAAGGCAUCCUUUCAUAGUAGAGUACAAGGACUCAUGGGUUGAGAAGGGUUGCUAUGUCUGCAUUGUUAUUGGUUAUUGUGAAGGAGGUGACAUGGCGGAUGCCAUCAAGAGAGCUAACUGCAUUCACUUCAAUGAAGAGAAACUUUGCAAGUGGUUGGUUCAACUUCUGAUGGCACUGGAUUACUUGCAUAUGAACCAUAUCCUACAUCGAGAUGUCAAGUGUUCAAAUAUAUUUUUGACAAAGGAGCAAGACAUAUGUCUCGGUGAUUUUGGUCUAGCAAAACUAUUGACUUCAGAUGAUCUUGCUUCUUCUGUGGUUGGAACUCCUAGUUAUAUGUGCCCUGAACUUCUCGCUGAUAUACCUUAUGGCUCAAAGUCUGACAUUUGGUCUUUAGGCUGUUGCAUCUAUGAAAUGGCUGCUCUGAGACCUGCCUUUAAGGCUUUUGAUAUGCAGGCCCUGAUUAACAAAAUAAACAAGUCAAUUGUCUCUCCACUUCCAACCAUGUAUUCGGGUGGAUUUAGGGGUCUUGUUAAGAGCAUGCUAAGGAAAAACCCUGAACUCCGACCCAGCGCUGCUGAACUUCUUAGGCAUCCUCAUCUUCAAUCACACGUUUUCAAAAUUAAUCUGAAGUUUGGGAACCCACGAAGAAACACUUUACCAAUAUCGUUUUACGAUAACCCGAGAAAAGCUAGAUUCCUUGAGGUCGAGGAAAAUCCAAAGCUUGUCGAGCGAGAGAAACGAAGAUCAUCAUACAGCAAUGACCGAGCCCAAAAUCCCAGCAUCUCUGAAGCUGAGCUGGACCCCCCGUAUUUUAACCAAAAGUUCGCAGCGAUGUCUAUUGGUAGCAUGCACAAGGAGAUUGGCAUUGAUAAGCCAGUUGUUGCCAAGGCUUCUACUUCAAAAACCUCUAGGUUAUCAACACCCGCAAAAAGUUCAACCGCUUUUAGGAGGUUGUCGACAUCCUCUAAGAUCUCCACUAAUGCUUCCAAUCGUACCUCGCUUCCCAUGUCACAUACUCCAACAACUAAAGAUUCGAGGUCAGCACGUAGAGUUUCCCUUCCACUUUCAAUGUCAAGCAACAUGGCGGCGGACCAUGAGACCCGAUACAAAUCCAAUGUCGGUAUCCUUCACAAUGUCGAGUCUCCUGAUGUAUCUGUCAAUGCACCACGUAUUGACAAGAUGGCCGAGUACCCAUUAGCAUCUUCCAAUAGUCCCCUUUACCCUGUAAAUAGGACCUCAUCAAUCUCUGCUCAGUGCUCUUCCACCUCCCCGAAUGUUGUUGACCGCUCGAUAAUGAAGGACAAGUGUACAGUACAGACUGUUGACAGAGCCUUGACCAAGCCAAACGUGGUCAAUGAGCUUUCAGAGCAGAAUCAAGUCAGUGGUUUAUCCAGCAAAUCGUCAUCAGAUUCCAGGCAACAACGUUUUGAUACCACCUCGUAUCAACAACGUGCUGAAGCUUUGGAAGGUUUGCUCGAGUUUAGUGCCCGGCUUUUGCAGCAAGGGAGAUAUGAUGAACUUAAUGUGCUCUUGAAGCCCUUUGGCCUCGAGAAGGUGUCAUCAAGAGAAACUGCGAUUUGGUUGGCGAGAAGUAUCAAAGAAACGGGUGCUUAGCUAUGUUACUUUCUUCCACUAUUUCUCCCUUGUAUAUCGGCUACCUAAGUAGCUUUGUUUUAGUUUGGUUCGCAUCCGGCUUGAACCAGGUAAUCUAGGCUUUAGGAUCAAAAUCCUUGGUUGGGAUUUUGGUGAUUCUGUCACAUUUUAGAUAUGAGGAUGCUUCAAGCAGUUAUUUAGGCUUCGGAGUUGCUGCUGCUGCUGCUGCUUACGUUAACCUGCACGAUAACAAUUACUUAUGUUACUAGGACUCAUGUAUAUUUGUACGACAUUUAUAUGUGUUCAAGUGUUCAAUUAUAUAUUUUAUUAAAUUGAGCCAAAUUGAAA